GGUCACUUUUCUUCAAACGCGCAAUUUCCGUUCAAAAUGGCUGACAAAACUAUGUCUAUUUUUGUUCCAUCUGAAAAGCCUGUAAAAGUAAAUAAAUGGAAAAUUAAACAAGGUGCAUUUGUUUCGCAAGGCCAAAUAUUAUUUUUGUACAAUGAUUCGUCUGGCAGUAAUACCGAAUUGAAGAAAUAUAAGGUUGUGCGCGCUGGUACUAUCUCGUCGAUCAAGGUGAAGGAAGGAGACAUUGUAGAGCCUGGAACACCUGUAGCAGAGUUGGAAGAAUGUCGUCACCCAACGGUGAUGAAGGAGAUGUGCGCAGAGUGUGGAGCAGACCUUCGCGUCGACGUUGGCCCCAAACGGGAUGUUGCAGUGGUCCCCAUGGUUCACUCUGUACCUGAGCUCAAGGUGUCAGAAGAAUUGGCACAGAAACUAGGCCGUGAAGAUGCAGAGCGUCUUUUGAAAGACCGAAAGUUGGUACUGCUUGUGGAUUUGGAUCAAACUUUGGUUCACACAACCAAUGAUAAUAUACCACCGAAUUUAAAGGGUGUAUUACAUUUCUUUUUACGAGGUCCCGGAAGCCCGGGUCGUUGGUGCCACACUAGAUUUCGGCCACGAACAAAAGAGUUUUUGGAGUCUGCUUCUAAGAACUACGAGUUGCAUGUAUGCACAUUCGGAGCUCGGCAAUAUGCCCAUGCUAUUGCUGACCUUUUGGAUCCAGAGAAGAAGUAUUUCUCCCAUAGAAUUUUGUCCAGAGAUGAAUGCUUCGACGCUAGAACAAAGUCUGCUAAUUUAAAAGCGCUAUUUCCUUGCGGUGACAACAUGGUGUGCAUUAUUGACGACCGCGAAGAUGUGUGGCGCCACGCCAGUAACCUGAUACAUGUCAGGCCAUACUCAUUCUUCCAAUGCACAGGGGAUAUUAAUGCCCCACCAGGAGCUGAUGAUAAGACAAGAUUAAUAAUUGGCAAGAAUGGUUCAAAACCUUCAGUUAUCAAUCAAAUGCCGACAUUAGACCUAGAGCCAGAUCAAAAAGGAGACAGCACUGACAAAAGUGAAGAGAAGAAAUGUGAAGCAGCAGAUGAUGUUGAAAAUGGUAAAACACUCUCUAAGGACAAGGCAAAACCCAGUGAAGAAAAGAAUGAUGAAGAAAUUGAUAGGAUAGAUGAGGCUGAACCUCGCUGGGUGGAGACAUCCGAUGGUCAAAUAGAAGUGGAAGACCCUGAUGAUUAUUUGAUAUAUUUGGAAGACAUACUGAAAAGGAUACACAAACAUUUUUACGAUCUCUACGACAAGGCAGAAAACAAGCGAAUUCCAGAUCUCAAAUUGGUGAUACCUGAAGUGAAAUGCGAAGUGCUGUCUGGAGCCAGUCUAGUAUUCAGUGGUUUGGUGCCAACACACCAGAGAUUGGAGACAUCCAGAGCUUAUUUAGUGGCAAGGAGUUUGGGGGCAGAAGUCACUCAAGACUUCACUGAAAAUACCACACAUUUAGUUGCAGUUAGAGCAGGAACAGCGAAAGUGAACGCAAGCAGAAGACUAGGUGAAGGCAAAGCGAACAAGCUUCAUGUGGUGACGCCCGAGUGGCUGUGGGCGUGCGCCGAGCGCUGGGAGCGCGUGGACGAGCGUCUGUACCCGCUGCAGAGGGGGGGACAGAGCAGCAGCCGACGGCCGCCGCCGCACUGCAGCUCCCCGCCGCCCGCGCCGCGGCGCCGCACAGCCUCGGGCCGCUUCAUGGACACGCUCAACCCGCUGCUGUCCUUCUCCAGCGACGACAUCGCCGACAUGGACCGCGAGGUAGAGGAUAUCUUCAAUGAAUCGGAUGAGAGUUCGUCAGACGAAUCGAAACCCAAUGAGGAUGACCUCGAUGAUGAGGAGAAUCCUCCCGAAGACCGAUUGCUGUCUGUUGAAACCGAAGAGGACACGCAGGACCGGUUACAGGACACUUUAGGCUUAGGAUCCAGUGAUUCAGACAUAGAAGACGGUACCCGGCCCCGAAAGCGGGCGCGCGCGGCGUCGCCGGCGUCAGACGACGAGCCGCCGGACGACGACGACAGCUCCUGGAACCUCAUGGGUGCGGCGCUCGAGCGGGAGUUCCUCGCGCAGGACUGAUGCCCGCCUCGCACCCGACACAAAUAUAAUGCUAGUGCUACA